AUCCGAUCUGCUCUCUCUCUUCCGAACGAACACAAGACAGACAGUGGGUUGCCUGCAGUGGCCAACUGGAUCCCUGAAAGAGCUGGGGAUUUUCAUGGAAAAAAGGGGGUUGCUGAUUGUGCUAAGAUGACAAGUGCUAAUGAAGUCCUGGAUUGUCGGAGGUGUUGUCCUUCAGGAUGUCUUCCUGUUCUGCUGUUCAAUCAAAAGAAAAGAGCCCGACUACCACUGACUUCCAAUCCUACAGAGCAUGAAUCAAGCUCAAGUAGCUUUUUCCUUACACCUCAGAGUUUUGAUUCUGCACCAGCAGGAUUGACAGAAACAAGAGGAAUAACAAAUCAGACUGCAGUACAGAACAGCCCUCGGAACCAGUUCCAAUUUUCCAAUUUUAGACCCAGUAUGGAUAAUGGAGGCUGUGGUGCAUCACCACAAUCUCACCGUUCACAAAGCUUAAACAGUGGCCAACUUCAGCAACAAGCACCACAAAAUUACCGAAGUCAAGAAUACAAGAAGUUUUCCAGUGACCUGAGUACUGUGGGGCAAAAUAGUAAAACCAGCUGGAAUCAGUUCCAGCAACAAGUAUCUCAACAGCAGCAAAGUCAAGAACAGAAGCAAUUUAAUAGUGCACCCAGCACCAUGGCGCAAAGCUGUAAAACAAAUUGGAACACAGGUCUUGGGCCACAGUCUGCAAAUACUUGGAAAGAAAAUACUAAGCCUAUGAGUAAUCAGAGGAAAGAAUUUGGUUCAAUGAGAGGAAAUAAUUACACGCAGAGUUCUACUACAAGUAAUUUCAGGUCACACGUGGCACCUGAAUCUAAUAUAGAACAUACAAAAUCUGCUGAGCAAAUGUAUCAGGUUAAGCCACAAUGGCCCAAGAAUACACCGCAGAAUGCAGCAAGGUGCAGACCAAUCGUUCAACCAAAUCAAUUUGCUGAAAAGCGGUUUGAUUCUAAACCUGGUGAUGGUACAAAUCAGAAGCAUCAGUCAGUUCAAGUGAAAGUUACACAACCGGAUAAUUCAUUGCGUGUUAUAACUACAACCAUAGAAGGCAUGAAGCAAUGGAGUCAGUAUAGCCACAGAGUUACAAUGCUCUUUGAGGUCUUUGCUACUCUAGAUUCUGCAGUUGUAGCUGGAGAUCAGUGUGCUAAACAUUUUCUUCUCAGAGAUAGAAAGGAUUCAGUACCAUGUGUGUUCUACGAAAUAGACCGUGACCUUCCCAGACUAAUCAGAGGACAAGUGCACAGAUGCAUGGGGAACUAUGACAAGAAAAGAAACCUCUUCAAAUGCGUGUCUGUCAGACCUGCUUCAGUUCUAGAACAGAAGAACUUUGUUGAAUUUGUCAGGGUAGCAGAUGAUGAAAUGAGACAGGUUGUUCAGACACUAAGUGAAGUCUGAAUGUUUUUUUGUUAGCACAACAUUAAUAUUUUGUCUGUUCUCAUUAUUGGACUCAUGUUAUGUAGGUAGUACACAGAAAGCGUAUUGUGCGAAUCCAGUUUGCUGUUUUGUUAUAAAAAUCUUAAUUUUGAAUUACAAUUGCACAGUGGGUUUGUUAAUGUAUUUCAUAUUUUGAAACCUCUGUAUAAUUCAACAGUAUUUGUACCUUUAUUUUUACAUUUAAACUAUGCAAUGUAAGUGAGUUUCAGUCAAACACCAUGAGAUUUGAAGGGAUGCUGCGAUACAAAAACGUCAUUGUGGGGUUCUUUAAACUUUAGGAUCACUUUACAUGUAUAAUCAUAUUUAAUUUAUAUGGAAACAUUUUUUAAAUAGUACACUUUCAGGUUUUCUUGUCUGUUAUUCAAUUCUUUAAAGUUGAAUUCUUUAAACCCUUAUAACAUUUAAAUCACACCUUGGAAGCAUGUUAUUCAUCUAUUUAUCUGUGUUUAUUGUGCAGGGAAUUUGUUUAAUUUUUAGUGAAUUUUGUGUGCCAACUCGCUGCGUCUCCAUAUCCUUGAGAUGUAAUAAUUUUACACAAGACAAUUGAAAGAUUGUGACAUAAUUGGUACAAGGUUAUUGAGAACUAAUCUGCAGUUAAUUGUAAGGAAAUUCUAUUGUCAAGUGUAUUUAUGACGCUAAAAUCAAUAACAAUAUAGGAUACUAUACCAAAGUCCAGUAUUUUCA